AUGCAUCAGCGGGCUUCUCUGUGUCCUAACUUCCUCCCAACCCAGGUGCGUGGUAGAGAGAACUUUGAAAUAUUGAUGAAAAUCAAGGAGAGCCUGGAGCUUGUGGACCUGGUGCCUCAACAACUAGUUGACUCUUAUCGACAGCAGCAACAACAGCUCCUCCAGAGGCCGAGUCACUUGCAGUCUCCCUCUUCCUACGGCCCGGUCCUGUCACCGAUGAACAAAGUCCAUGGCGGGAUCAACAAACUGCCUUCCGUCAACCAGCUUGUGGGGCAGCCUCAGCAGCAUAGCUCCUCAGGAGGGCCCAACCUGGGGCCCAUGGGCCCUGGAAUGCUGAAUAGCCACAGUCACCCCAUGCAGUCCAAUGGCGAAAUGAACGGUGGACACACGUCCCAGUCCAUGGUCUCAGGGUCACACUGCACCCCUCCUCCUCCAUACAACGCUGACCCCAGCCUCGUCAGUAUAUUUGCUGCAUGGAUCUUACAGGAUCUCGGGGCCCUGAAGAUUCCUGACCAGUACAGAAUGACCAUCUGGAGGGGUCUUCAGGAGCUGAAGCAAAGCCAUGACUAUGGGGCCCAGCAGCUGAUCCGCUCAAGUAGUAACGCUUCUACCAUCUCCAUCGGGAGCUCGGGGGAGCUUCAGCGCCAGCGCGUGAUGGAGGCUGUGCAUUUCCGAGUCCGCCACACGAUCACCAUACCCAACCGUAGUGGGGCGGACGAGUGGGCAGACUUUGGUUUUGACCUCCCUGAUUGCAAAUCCCGCAAACAGUCCAUUAAAGAAGAGUUCACAGAUAGUGAGAUAAACUGA